AUGGCCCGCCGCAAUUUAGUUCCUCUGUUUUUCCUAAUCGCUGCCACAUUCCCCUUCGACGCGUCGGCAUUCAAAUGCGGGAACUCCCCGUUGAAAUGCCAAGCCUUGAUCGACCACAUCACCCCGGAACCCACCACGUUCGUCGAAGUUCAAACCCUCUUCGCGGUUCGAAACCUCCGCACCCUUUUGGGCGCCAACAAUCUCCCGCGCUCGACUCCGCCGGAUCAGAAGCUUCCCGCCAAACAGACCCUGAAGAUCCCCUUCCCCUGCCUCUGCCACCGCGGGGCCGGGAUCUCGAACAAGCGCCCCGUGUACACCGUGAAGAAGGGGGACGACGGGCUGAAGGACAUCGCCGAGAAGGUGUUCUCCGGUACGGUGACCGACGACGCGAUCGCAGCCGCGAACGGUAUCUCCGAGAAGGAUCCGGUCAAGGUCGGGCAGAAGCUUUCGAUUCCCCUGCCUUGCAGCUGUGAUGAAGUGGAGGGUAGGAAGGUGAUUCACUAUGGGUACCUGGCGGAAUCCGGCAGCUCGCUGGAGGGAAUUGCUGAACGGUACGGUGUUAGCGUCCCGACAUUGACGGAGAUUAAUGGGUUGAAAGAUGGGUCGAGUAUCCGUGCCGGGCAGCUCCUCGAUGUCCCUAUCAGAGCUUGUAAUUCGUCCAUAAGAUCCGACUCUAUAGACUCGCAAUUGCUUGUGGCUAAUGGGACUUACGUCUUCGCUGCUCACAAUUGCGUCCAGUGCAAGUGCGACUCUGCCAACAACUGGACGUUACAGUGCCAGCCGUCGGGGGUUAAACCAUCGGACUGGUCGACUUGCCCUGCAAUGGAAUGUGGCUUGGGAAAAAAUUCCGUCUUGCUAGGGAACUCGUCGGCGUCGGCUUGUCGCGGCGCUACCUGCAACUACGGCGGCUUCUCUUCUAACCAAACCAUCUUUACCACUUUCGACCGCACUUGCUCCGCCGCUCCCGCCCCCGGUCCCUCAACUGGAGGGAAGAUUGGUCUGAAGAACUGGAACAUCAUCUUGUUGAGCUUGGUUCAUUUGAUGGUACUACAACUGUUUUGUAUAGGUGGAUGA